UGACUAGCUACAUAGCAAGUUGAAACGUAUCUCAUUGACUUGUGUUUCAAGCUGUCCUUGUCAAUAUAAUACAGUACUAUAUAAGCAACUGCAGCCACAUACACAACGUAUAUACCAUAGGAAUAUAGCUAGCUGAGAUUUAUGUCCAUCGUUUAUCAAUAAUUGUGUGUGACAUGAAUACGUGAUUGCUUUGAGCUGCCAAACAGAAGUCCCCCGGCGGGUGGCAAGCUUCGUCGUGACAAUGUAUGUAUGCAUGAGCAUGCGCGGACAAGGCGACACAUUUCAGCGCUAAUGUAAAAGACCUUGACAAAACAAUUAGCUAAUGAAAUCGAGUUUGCUCAAUAACAAAAGUUGGCCUGCUUAACUGGAAAUAGUACACGUCGACAAGGGACCGUGAGUAAGUUUGUCAAUGACUUCGUAACACAGGCAGCAAAUUAUUAUGAAGCACAAGUCAACUAUUAACUGGCGAGUUAGCAAGCUAACUAGCUAUGAUUUCAGUAGAUCGCUGGGACAGGCUUGAGUAUAUGUUAGAAAUCUAGUAACAGUAGUUAUUUAACUUGGUAGUUAGCUAUUAACGAACGUUAUCAACGCCUUUUUAUUUAUAAUCGUGGCACUGAUGAUGCUAACAAACUCAAGAUACUGUCUUUGCUUCCAUGCAUGCAACAUUUUUGUCUGGCUAACCAGUCGACGACGACUACGCCGGUUAGGAUAUCAAACAUCUUUCAAGUAGACGUUCGAUUAAGUCGAAAAUAUUAUUUCAAUUAACUCAGGAUUUCCACAGGGUCUUAGCCAACUUGUAGCAUCAUUUUUUUCCCAUUUGAAAACUCCGGGAAAAUCAUCGUUCUCCAGCCAAGGACAGAAUCCGGAAGUCCUCAAGUUCCUGUCUUUCUAAAUAUUCCGACAGGAAACGUGUCCUUUCUCGCACAUCGUAAAUGCUAUAUUUAUCCUAAUUCGAAUGGUUAGAAAGUCACAUGAUUACAUGAUAUAGGCAUGGAUCAUUAGCUACCGUACUUUGCUGUUUUUGUUAUUUCCCAACUAGCUAAUUUACAACAGUUAAUUUGUCAGCGGCAAGAGGAACUCAUACUUGCCAUGGUAUGCUGAGGUGGGGAGUCUGGGGACCUAUGCACUAUGGCAGAGUCACUUGCCAUCCAGGACCAUUCAACAGAAGCAGAACUAUGCACCAAGUAUGAAGUAAAAGACAUUGAGUCCUUUGAGACUGAAGGAGCCAACCAGAGAUUGAAAGUCGACCACUUGCUUUUCACCAUCGAGAGACACCAAAAAUGUUACUUCUGGUUUUGUGAAGAGUGCAAAGAAUAUUUUAUUGAUGAAUGCCCCACACAUGGCCCUCCAGUUUUUGUGCCGGACACCCCUGUGCCAGUGGGCGUCCCAAACCGUGCCGCCCUUACUACCCCUAAUGGCAUUGAGGUCAUUCAGGAAGGCAGCGAGGUGGACGUGUGCUGCGUAGACAAAGACAUUCCCAGGGGGGCACUAUUCGGUCCUUACCAGGGUGAAGUGGUGUCACAGGACAAGUCCUCUGCUUUCUUCCCCGGGAUGUUGGUGGACAAAAACAACUCAUACAAAUCCAUUGAUGUUAGCGACGAAACCAAAGCCAACUGGAUGAGGUAUGUCCGAAAUUCUUCAGAGUACAUUGAGCGAAACCUGACAGCCUUCCAGCAUGGCGAGCACAUCUACUUCCAGGUGUGCCGUGACCUGUCAGUGGGAGAGAGGCUGCGGGUAUGGUACAGUGAUGACUACAUGGACCGAUUACACCGCAUGUCCCAGGACACCAUCGACAGCAACUUGGCCACAGUUGAAAAGGACUCACGAGUGUGGUCAAGCCCCUGGAAUGUUACAGCCCGGGACCGGGAGGCCACCCAGACCCUCAUCGAGCACUACGGGUCCCUAGAAAUCCAGAGCCUACUGAACGACCGGACAACCAGAACCAAGCAGAUCUUUGAGAUCAUCGCUAGUCGGAUGGAGGCACAGGGCUUCCUGAUCAGUGAGAACUCCUGGCAGGCUGGCAAGCGAUGCUUCCAAAAGUGGCGCAACAUGGAGCGCACGUACAAAGACUAUGUGCUGGCGUCCAAGAGGACUGACGCGGGACGCAGGAAACAGCCCGAGUUCUAUGACCAGUUCCAUGCACUCAUGGGCCAGAGGCUGAGCUCCAAGCUGGCUGCUGCUGACACCCCAGCCAGGGCGUUGGCCAAGCUGAAGCCUAAAGCUGUAGCACCAACUCCAAGCUUGCCCCUCUACGCUAUUGUAGUCCCAUCAGGCCAUCCAGUCAACCUCGCUAUACCCUCCACCUGCAGCUCAGAGGCAGAGAUUGGAGUCCAUGCAGGCACCACUGAGCCUGAACCGCUAGCCAGGAAGUCCAGGAGUGAAUGGGUCCCACAUCCCAAGAUACUCCAGUCAAAUGCAGAGGAGGAGAGGGCAGAGAAUCAACUCCAAAAGGGGAGGAGGAGAUCAUGGCUUGGGGAUGACAGAGCUGCUGAGAACGGUGGGUCCCUGCCUGUGUGGUCGGAGCGGAAAAUGAUCAGUCAGGACAUUGAGGCAACAGAGGCUUUAGUAGAGCUGUACAGCUCUCCAGAGAUCCAGGGACUAAUCAGGGAGAACAAGACGCGAACCAAGAGGAUCUUUGAGAUCAUAGCUAGCAGGCUAAAGGAGCAAGGCUUCCCCAUCAGUGAUGUGCCUGAGCAGGCGGGGGAGCGAUGCUUCCAGAAAUGGCGGAACCUAUCGAGGGCGUACAAGGAGUACAUCCUCCACCCAGAGAAGGCUGACAUGGCAAAGCGGAAGCUUCCGGCCUACUUCAACAGGCUCCAGAACCUCAUAGGCCACCGGCUCAGCCUUCAACUAUCUGAAGACUCCCCCGAGCCUGAUGGCAGCAUGGGAGAUGCUGAGGCAGAUGCAGGGGUUGAGGACAUAAGCCAGAAUCUGUUACACAUUGUGGAGGUGCCGGCAAGCCCCAUUGACAUUGUCAGUCCCCCCUCCACUUCUGCCUCCUUCUCCUCUUCACAUACAGGAAACCCCCUCCAUGUUGGACCCAGUGGGCGGAAGAGAAGGAGGAUGGCACACAUAUUGGAUGUCUUUCAGGGUUACAGGGAGGAGGACAAACGAUUGCAAGAGGAGAGGGAAAGGAGGGCAGAGGAGCGCUUUAAUCAGCUGCGAAGCCUUCUGCAGCAACAGCACACAGAGACUAUGGCAGUGAUGAGAGAACUGAUCAAUUCCAUGAAGAUGAAAAAACAAUGAGAUAUACUGUGAAUACAGUUGAAGUCGGAAGUUUACAUACACCGUAGCCAAAUACAUUUAAACUCAGUUUUUCACAAUUCCUGACAUUUAAUCCUAGUAAAAAUUCCCUGUUUUAAGUGAGUUAGGAUCACCACUUUUAUUUUAAGAAUGUGAAAUGUCAGAAUAAUAGUAGAAGGAAUGAUUUAUUUCAGCUUUUAUUUCUUUCAUCACAUUCCCAGUGGGUCAGAAGU